AUAAUAGAUAAGGAAAUAAGAAGCACAAAACGCGGCGUUUCAGCAUAGCUUAGGUUUUCUUCCGCUCUUUGAGUGUAGCUGAUUUGGUUCGGAGAUACCUCUGAGUAGCGAGAAGAGACGAAAUCAGAGAAGAACUUCGAAAUCAUGACGGACUAUAUACAAGAGCAGGAGAUGGAAAUCGAAGCGUUGGAAGCAAUACUUGCGGAUGACUUCAAAGAAAUACACUCGGGUGAGAGUGGGUUAAAUACUUCCAAGAGGUGUUUUCAAAUAAAAGUAUCUCCAGUGGAUGAUGAAUCAGAUGAAUUUACAACCACUCCAGUUCAGCUGGCUUUGAUUUUCUCGCACACAGAAAGAUACCCAGAUGAGCCUCCACUUUUGAAUUUGAAUAGUUUACGUGGUAUACAAGGAGAACAUCUAAGAAUUUUGAAAGAAAAGCUUCUGCAAGAGGCAUCUGAAAACCUUGGUAUGGCUAUGAUCUACACACUAGUUACAUCAGCCAAGGAAUGGCUUUCUGAACAAUAUUGUCAAGACACUAGUCUUGAGGAUGCUGAAGCAGAAGAAGCAGCAAAGGAUGAUGUAAUCAUACCACAUGGAGAACCAGUUACAGUUGAAACAUUUCUGGCAUGGAGAGAGAUGUUUGAAGCAGAGAUGGCACUGGAACGAGCCAAGUUAAUGCCCGAGUCUGCACUCUCAGCACCCAAGGAAAAGAGGCUCGCAGGUAGACAGUGGUUUGAAACCGGAAGGCAUGCUGCGAAAGGUGCAGCUCUAGCCAGUGAAGGGUCCGAUGAAGAGGAUGAGGAUGAGAUUGACUUCGAUUCUGAUGAUUUUGAAGAUGACGAAGAUGAUAUGUUGGAACACUAUUUGGCCGAGAAGUCCGACUCAUCAACCCACUCUUCGAAGAGGGUCACUAACUAGAGUCUAGAAACAACCGAACGGGAGCACCAUCUGAUGAACAAUGUGCCUAGUCUUGGCUCUGUCUUCAUAUGUAUUUCGUGCCUUAUAUUUACUUUAGGCCUCGAGGACAAAGAGGAGAUUGUAGGUUUUAUUUUUUUUAUAUUAUUAUUUUUUUUUAAAGGGAACCAAUUGGUGGCUUUGCCAUGGCAGUUCACAUUUUGGGAGCUGUUAAGACUCACAGAGACAUUCUAGCUUUUGUAGAGAGCAAAGGAGAAGAUAUGGUAUUGCAAUAUAGAAAAUAACCGCAUCUUGGUAGGUAAA